UUUUUUCGUUCUUAGGCAGACACUCAUAUCCCCUUUAUUUUCUUCCCCAUUUAUCCCUUUUUUCCCUUCUCAUUUACCGUCCUUACCUUACCUUUGCCUCUGUAUUUCGUUCUCUGCAAAAAAACCCCAGCAUCAUCAUCUUCAUAUAAGCGAAUCGACUCCAAAGAAGACAGGCCAAAGUAAAGUCCGGGAGUCUCCUUUUUUGACACGCUUCUAGUCAUGUAUGUGUUAUCAGGAGACUGGUCUAUCAUAUCUUCACCUUCGCCAAAGCCAUAUCCUCAUAAGCCUCCCAAGUGCUCCAAUUGUGCUCCUCUUUUCAUGAAGACAUAUGAUAUGCGUGAUGGUGGACCGGUUAUCCACAGUCAUGGAAUGGAAUCAUGUCUUGUAACAAUGAUAAAUUCACUUUCAAAAGAGUUUCGCAUCACUCAUAUGGAAAUGAUAAAAGGAAUUCAGGGGCAUGGUUACUAUGACGAACUUGUAAUCCCAAUAAUUGAGAACACAGCCUAUGAAAAUGAUCUCACGGAUUCCCUUGCCAAAGCUAUUGAAGUGUAUCCUAAGACAACUGCUGUGCUUGUUCGCCAUCAUGGCAUAUACGUAUGGGGUGACUCAUGGAUCAGUGCUAAAACUCAGGCUGAAUGUUAUCAUUACCUCUUUGAUGCUGCUGCUAUCAAACACCAUCAUCUAGGCUUAGACUGGUCUACUCCAGAUCAUGGCCCCAUUCAGAAUGUUAAAGGAUUUUCAAGCAUCAAUAGCGUGAUAAAAAGGGUGGCUACGAAGGCUGGGACAGUGGAUUCGAAUUUUAAACUCCAGCCAUAUCCACGCUGCGUUGUGCUUGACAUUGAAGGAACUACAACUCCUAUUUCAUUUGUAACAGAUGUUCUCUUUCCCUAUGCCCGAGACAAUGUUGGGAGGCAUUUGUCUGCAACUUACGAUAGUGCUGAAACUCAAGAUGAUAUUAAGUUGUUACGUUCUCAAGUUGAAGAUGACUUGAAGCAAGGUGUUCUUGGUGCUGUACCUAUCCCCUCGGAAGAUGCAGGAAAAGAGAAGGUGAUUGCUUCUUUGGUGGCUAAUGUCGAAGCAAUGAUAAAAGCUGAUCGAAAAAUUACUGCCUUAAAGCAAUUGCAAGGUCAUAUAUGGCGUACUGGAUUUGAGAAUAACGAGCUUGAAGGAGUAGUUUUUGAUGAUGUACCAGAAGCUCUCGAAAAGUGGCAUGCACUGGGUAUAAAGGUAUACAUAUAUUCUAGUGGUAGCAGAUUGGCUCAGAGGCUUAUAUUCGGAAAUACAAACUACGGUGAUUUGAGGAAGUAUUUAUCUGGAUUUUUCGACACCGCAGUAGGAUAUAAAAGAGAAACACGAAGUUAUGUCGAAAUCACUGAGUCAUUGGGAGUUGAUAAGCCAUCCGAUAUACUAUUUGUGACCGAUGUCUAUCAAGAAGCCACGGCUGCAAAAGCUGCAGGUUUGGAGGUUGUAAUCUCCAUCAGAUCGGGAAACGGUCCUCUUCCGGAGAACCAUGGAUUCAAGACUAUCAACUCUUUCCUGGAGAUCUGAUAGAAGUUUGGCAUUUCUGUAAUAAUAUCGGCCUUCCAUGCACUUGUAAUAAGUAACUUUUGGAUGCAAUAAAUCAUGAUUUUGUAGCAACCCUGUAUUGAUCGUCACCUGUGAAUGUUGGAUACAAAGUCUUUUUUUACAUGUUUGGAUCGGUUAAAUUCA